AUGGAAGACAGUACGUUGAGGCUAGCAGACCUUCUCCGCACCCCUCGACCUGUCACCGCCUCUUCGUCUCUUCCAUUCAAUUCCACACCCUCUCCGCCGCCACAACGCUCCGCGAACCACCGCGUCCUCACAACCCUCAACCGCCCCACCGUCAUCGUCGGAACCCUAACCCUCCCCACCCCCUCCCGUCCCUCUUCUUGCUCCUGUUUCCGAUUCUCCGACGCCUCCGCCACCGUCUGCUGCGACCUCCUCCGCUUUCGUGCCGCCGCUGUAGGCAAGGAAAUCCGCGUCACCAGGUGGAAUUUCAUCCCGUUCAAGCACCACAGGCACAACGUCAGCCACGGCUUCUUAGAGAUCAUCGAUUGGUGUUUUGAUGAUCCUAAUGAAGGGUCAAACCCCGUGGAUUCACUUCUGCUGAUGCCAAAUGAUCGCAACCUUGCCAUGGACGGAUUGAGAAGCGUCCACGGAGUAGUGGAGUCGGUUGACCCACUUUCCGUGGUUCCAUGCACAAUGGCGGUUAGUGGCUCUAAUAUGAAUUCCGGUCCUAAGGUGAACAUGCCGGGGUUUUUGGUGCAAUUGAUGUGUUGUGAGUGUAGGUUAUGUGGUACCAGGGAAUUAUUAAUUAACAAGUUGAACGAGAAUAGGAGCAGGCAUUCUUUUACCAAAUUGGAGAUUGUGUAUUUUUGUGGUGAUGCCUCGUCAUGGCACCCUGCAAUCACUAAGCUGAUUGGUAACCGCAUCGUGGUUUCCGGUCUGAAGAAAAAGAUAGUUUAUGUGACGAAGGAGGAGUCUCGUGUGAUGUAUGUGACUGUGGAUAUGUCGGUUCUGCAUGUUGGUUCGUGUUCAGAGAAAUGUGUGCAAAGCUUGAAUGGUGAAUGCAAGGGGAAUGGUGAAUGCGGUACUUACACUGGUGUAAUUAAGGGUGUUUACAUGCAAGGAAUGGCGUUGGAGUUGGAUCAUGAUGUGUGGCUUCUUUUGACUGAUCAAUUACAAUCUGUGAUACAUGGUUUGAGAGUUGGAUCCAUUAUAUCUGUGAGAAAUGUGCAUUUUGUGGAUCCAAAGUUUUCUUGGACAAAAGUUAUUAUUCUCGGGGCCUGUGUCAAGACUAGUGUUACUGUGCAAUCCUUCUCCCCGCUUGAAACUGUGUGUAAUGUAGUUUUGCAAUCUACGGGUAAGCUAGGAAAGUUCAUUCAGUCAUUACCAUUUUCUGCAAGACUCUGGGUAUUACUCCUUGUCUCAAGCUUGCGUAAAAAGUUUGCUGGUAUCUUAUCUGAUAAGGAGAUUUUGGGAUCAAAACAUAAAGAAGGACUAGCUCAGAUGUACGCUAGUUUGCUGUUUCCUCCAUCAGUGUUGCAAACUCAGCAUGAUGUUUUCAUAGGGCUGCGUUCGCACGACUUGAAUGGAUGCGGUAGAGAACUGCAUUGUGGUUUUCUGAAAUUGGUAAUACCAAUGUCUAUCUUCUUUUGUCACUGUAUAUACACCUUGCUAGGAACACUAAAGUUGGAAAAUCACAGUCAAGUAUUGCCUGUUGGCAACUAUUUCAGUAUUUUAUCACACAAAGCCAGGAAUAAUGGUAGAUCAGUUAGGAGGAUCCUUCGAAGUGAAGAUUUAGGUGUUGUUUUGCUCGGACAUCUUAAGAUUGAUCCAUUCACUAGAAGACUGCAGCUGGUUGAUGCAACUGGUGGCAUUGAUGUUUUUAUACCAGACCUUCCCUUAACAUGGAAUCCCAACGAAAUGUACGAGGUGAUGGACUAUGAUGUUUUUGUGGAUAGCAUAGGCGAACUUGAUAAUCAGUCCAAAUUGCUUGGUAGCGAGUCAUUAUCAUGCAGAACGAUCUUUAAUUGCUCCCAAGUAGAAAGAGAGUUACGCACAUCAAUUUUUGUUUUCUUCCUUUGGAAGAAUGCUAAACGCAGAAAAUUUCCCCUUUACUCUUGUAUCCAUAGUGAGAAUGAAACAGAGACACUAGAACCGGGAUCCUACCAUUUGCUUAGGGUAUCUCACAAAUUUCCUCUGCAAGAAAAGAUUGCAAUAUCUUCAACCAUAUGCUCUUUUCCAUUUUUGGAUGACGAUGCACUUGCCAAACCUUUCUUUGUCUUAGAUGCAACACCAACAACAUUAGAGGGUUCCUUUCUUUUAUGA